AACAAGCUGAAAACGUACGCCCAAACAGAGUAUUUCGAGACAGAAACUAGAUAUAGACUUUCACGCCCAAUGAUACUAGAUUUAUGUAGAACGUUCCAAACAGCCCCAGCAAGGCCAACAGCAAGAUCUUGUGCCUUUCCAGUUUCAUUCCAAAUCAUGGUUGCACUCAGAUUUUAUGCAACUGGAAGCUUUCAGAUGGUCAAUGCUGAUGUCCAUAACAUAUCUAGACCAAGUGUAUCUAAAAUAACACGUGAUGUAACUGCAUGUUUAAAGAGGGUUUGUAAUGACUAUAUAAAGAUGCCAACUGACCAGACUGGACUUCGCAACAUCAUGAGAGGUUUUCAUGAAAAAACAGACAUUCCAAGUGUAGUCGGUGCCAUUGAUGGUACACACAUACGUAUAAAAGCUCCAACAGAGGAUAAACAUCUUUAUAUAAAUAGAAAGGCUACCAUUCUAUUAAUGUUCAAGCAGUUUUCGAUUCAAAUAUGA